AUGUUUGUUGUGGGAGACAGUAACGGAACCUUCGGUAGUGGCAACAUAAAGUCGUCAUUCAUGAUAGAGGACAGAGCCGACGGUGGAGAUCCCGGGGGCUCCACCAACAUCAUGAUCUUGGAGGCUUUUGCGCCACGGCUGCUGAAGUUUGCGCAGGGCGCCGCAGAGGCAGCAGCAGCAGCAACGUCUCCAUCCACCUCCAGUCAGCCGCAGGUCAUGGAGAUGGAGACGAACGGGACCCAGUGCGGCGAGCAUAUUCUGAGCUACGGCUGGUUUGAGAAAGUCCUGAUCGGCGGAGUCCUCACCAUGCUCACACUUUCCACCAUCUGCGGGAACUUGCUGGUGGUCAUCUCCGUGUGCUUUGUCAAAAAGCUGCGCCAGCCGUCCAACUAUCUGAUCGUUUCGCUUGCCGUGGCGGACCUGUCAGUGGCUCUGGCCGUGAUGCCUUUCGUCAGUAUCACGGACUUGAUUGGUGGCCAGUGGAUCUUCGGACAGUUCUUUUGCAACGUUUUUAUCGCCAUGGAUGUGAUGUGCUGCACCGCGUCCAUCAUGAGUCUGUGCGUAAUCAGCAUUGACAGGUACCUGGGUAUCACAAAACCGCUGACGUAUCCUGUCCGGCAAAACGGCUGCUGCAUGGCCAAGAUGGUUCUGUCAGUGUGGCUCCUCUCAGCCUCCAUCACCCUCCCCCCUCUGUUCGGCUGGGCACAGAACGUCAAUGACGGCAGAGUCUGCCUCAUCAGUCAGGACUUUGGCUACACCGUCUACUCUACCGCUGUGGCGUUCUACAUCCCUAUGUCAGUGAUGUUGAUCAUGUACCACAGGAUCUACCGGGCCGCCAAACUCAGCGCUGCCAAGCACACCAUCACAGGCUUCCCCAGGGAAGGGGAGUAUGGCGAAGGGGUGGAUACUCGAAGGGAAAGAGGACAGCAUGAGGCUCACCGGCCAGCAGUAUCAGGAGAAACAGGAAGUGUUGAAGGGACAGAGGCUGAACAGGAAGCUGAGGAAGAGGAGGAGAGCUUGGACUGCGUGGCGGCGGCGUUGAAGCUCCAGCGCGAGGUGGAGGAGGAGUGCAGCACGCGAGUCUCUCGCCUCCUCAAGACCGGUGAACACCACCAGCGCCGGAAGAGGAAAAACCAGUCCAUCUUCAAACGGGAGCAGAAGGCUGCGGCCACUCUGGGCAUCGUGGUCGGCGCCUUCACCUUCUGCUGGCUUCCGUUCUUCUUGGUGUCCACGGCCAGGCCAUUUGUCUGUGGAGUGGAGUGCAGCUGCGUGCCGCUCUGGCUGGAAAGAACUCUGUUGUGGCUCGGAUACGCCAACUCCCUCAUUAAUCCCUUCAUUUACGCAUUUUUCAACCGCGAUCUGAGGACCACCUACAGUAACCUCUUGCGGUGCCGCUACAGGAACAUCAAUCGAAAACUGUCAGCGGCUGGCAUGCACGAGGCUCUGAAACUGGUGGAGAAGCUGUAG